GAGAGAAACCAAUUGCAUAUGGCGGUCAGUGUACAUCGGACGGUUAGUGUUUUCAUGUGACUUUUUUUAUCAAUUAACGAAAAGUAUUGUGUAACUAGUGUUAAAUGCAUUAAUGCACGCAACAAAUGUUCUCUUACAAUCGGAUAAUGUUGUAAGAGAAGAGUAGAAUGAUAUAAAGAUUAUAGCGGCGUUUCUCAUAACCUCGAACAUCAGCAACAAAUUAACUUUCGUGCAGGUAUAUGGCUUACAAUUUUAAGCGUAUAAGAUCGUUCAAAUGUUUUGUGUUUGUUAUAGUUUUAAUACGUCGCCCGCCUUCAAUUUUUUAUUGUUGUUUUUGAUCACAGAAAUCCAGUGAAAUCGAUUGUAUCAAGUGCCACUUUCGUUACGUUUUUAUUUUACUAGUGAGUCGUGAUUUUCUCAUGGCGCGAAACGAAACGUGUGCGUUAUCUGGUUGUACAAUUACUAGACUAACAUGCCGCCAAAUAAGAAGACUGAUUUAGAUAAGCUAGCGUGGGCCUGGGUGGAAGGUGUUUUACCUGAAGAAAUAGAAAAAAUACAUUUGGAGACUGCCUACAGGAUAGGUUUAAAAGCUUGUAAAAAUUGCAAACGUAAUUGCACAAAUAAUCCACAAUGCCUUACAGGCUUGGGCGAAGAAAAAUAUAUGAAGUCACAACUAGUGGAAGUAGCAUCUUUAGAAAGUUCUUUAUCCGAAUUACGUGACCCUACAGAAUAUGUUGGCUUAAAGAAUUUAGGUGCUACUUGCUAUGUUAACAGUUUGAUUCAAAUGUGGUUUCACAAUGAAGAUAUGAGGAGGAUAAUAUACAAAUGGGACAUCACAGAGGAUCCAGAAGAAAAGGAAGCAGUAUGUCAAUCUAAGAAGGCAGGCGUACCAUUUCAUCCAGUGACAGCAGUUGGCCAGUUGCAAUACAUAUUUGCAAUGAUGCAAUUUGGAAACCGACGUCUCCUUGAUCCAAUGAAUCUUGCUAUCGCGUUGUCUCUGGAUACUAGAACCCAGCAGGAUGCGCAGGAAUUCUCCAAGCUACUUCUGUGCCAUAUCGAAGGGAAGAUGCAGCAAAACUCAGACCUGAAGCAGAUGCUGCAGACGCUGACUCAAGGGAAAUACAGCUAUAUCAAUUGUUGCUCGAGAUGCGGUACUGAGUAUCCGACUUCAACUACAUUCUACGAGUUGGACCUGCAACUUGCGUCCACCCUCAAGGAGGCGAUAGAGAAAUACUUGUCUGUGGAACACCUGACGGGAGCAAAUCAAUAUCAUUGCGUUACCUGCAAUGACAAAAAGGAUGCACGACGAUUUAUACGCUUGGAAUCACUCCCUGAAACGUUGAACAUACAAUUAAUGCGUUUCGUGUUCCACAGGGAUUCUGGUCAAAAAAGAAAGCUGAACUCUUUUAUACAGUUCCCGGAAGAUCUUGACAUGUCUGAAUAUGUAAGGUGUCCUCCUCAAACUCACGUGUACAGUCUUGUUGCGGUACUAAGUCAUAAAGGGCCAUCUGCACAUUCAGGUCAUUACAUUGCCAAUAUAUGUAAUUCUAACGGAGAGUGGUAUCAGUUUAGCGACGAUAAAGUGGAGAAAAUGCAAAAUAAACGUAUUGAAGAUAGUGUUAACGAAAAUUCAAAAGUUAUUAAACGUGGGCGUGUACCAAAGGGUUUUCUUUCGUCUAAUACGGCAUACAUGUUAGUUUACAAAAAAGUGACUUCCGACGGGCGAAUAAACAAUGGAAAGAAGAAUAAGUCGAAAAAACCAGAAGCAGAAACUAAUAGUCAUAGUGUGGAGACUCAUAGCGAUAUGGAUAAACCGGACUCAUCGGAUGAAGGAAAACGCAAGAAUGGACCAACUUCUACUGUUUCUAAUUCGACGUCUCCCGGGAAAAUAUUGAAAUUGGACACAGAAAAUAAAAUGGACAUAGUGUGUGCAGUGUCAUCUUCUCAAGAUACAGAUCCCACAUCCAGUGAACGAAAUGGGAAGCAUUAUGAGUCUGAUAACAAGGAAAAUCAUUACGAUGCUCAACCUAAGGGUGCAAAAAUAGAUUAUAAAAGGCUAAACGGAGCGGCCCAUAGAGCGAUGAGCUGCGGAGAAAGAGAUUUUUAUGAAGAGAUGGAAUUCGAAUGUUGGGAAGUUAGCCUUACGUUACGAGAGUUGGUAAGGCAGGAAAAUGUGAAACAUGAGUUAAGUUUGUUGGCUAUCCAGCAAGAAAAACAAAAGGAAAUCGAAGAUCAAAACUUGAAGAGACAGCUCGUGAUAGAUAUUUACAAUAUCAUAUCUAGUACAUUAUCGUGGGAGACAUAUCAAUGGAUUCCUAGUGACUGGUUGUCGAAAUGGUUAAAUGGACACGCAUUUACCGAAGGAGUGCCUCCAAUCGACAAUUCAACUUUAAUGUGUUCGCAUUUUCGACUCGACCCACUGAAAGUGAAUCGUGCAAAGUGUUUGCCUCUGCCAGCUGCGGAAUUAAUUUAUCACAAAUAUCGCGGAGGCCCAAGAUUAGACGAGAACUCUCUCUGUGAAGUUUGCGUGAGGCGACGAUACAAGUUGCUUCGGUUCAAAAUGUCUCUUGAGCGCGAUCACAAGGAGGUUAGCGAUCUUAUCCGCAACUUCAAAGAACCGAGCGAGACAAGCUACAUCGUGGGUGCUGAUUCGCUGCGAUCGUGGCGGAGGUUAGCAAUGGAAAAAUUCACCGACGACAUGGAACGAGAAGUCGAAGAUGAGGAUGGUCAAACAAUGAACGGUCCUCCAGAGGAUAGUAAGAGUAUCAGCAAAGAAAACGAGGGACCGAAGGAAGUGGAGGAAAGCGAAGAAAAUGAAGUAAUACUUUACUUCAACGAGGAUUUGCUUUGCGAGCACAGUUCCCUGAAGACACCCGAUUCGACCAGGAAAGUAGUACCACGGGAAGCUUGGACCAUCCUUCGAAAAUAUUUCCCAGAGUCGAAAGAAUAUCCAAUCGCAACUCCAUCCUGUUCUAUCUGCGAAGAGAAAAUGGAGAACGCGCAGAAGGCAAAGAAGGAUGACAAGAUAAAGGCGAAGCACCAGAAGGACGAGCUGAAUGACUUGUAUCACGCGCGAAACAGGAAUGAGAUACUGAAGUGCGAGGAUCCGGAGAAGAUGUUCUACAUCGUGGAGAAGGGCUUCCUGGACAGUUGGCGUUCCUUCGUUCGGUACGCCGAGGUAUUCUCGAAAGCACCGCCGACGGGCGUGCGGAACGCUGUCCUCCUCUGUGAGCCGCACAAAGGAUUCCUCUAUUCUCCCACGAUUAAUAACGAGCUGUACUCCGUGGUGACCUCAGAAGAAUGGGCGAAAUUGAUGCAAUUCUACGAUGUGGACCAUCCGAUUGUGAUCAAGAAGAAAGGUCUCGAGUUUGACACCGAUCCUAAGCUUUGCGCGGCUUGUAUGUUAGCGAGAGUAGAGCAAGAACGCCUGGAGAGCCUGAAGUACGAAAGGGCGACGAUCUACGUGAAGUGCGUAGAAGACACGGAGGAAUCAAAGUCGGAGAAUGACAUGGAGGUGGCUGCGAAGAGACCCAAAAUGGAGAACACCAGGCCAUCGAGAACCAGGAGGAACCUGAAAGGCUCCCACGAACUCAAAGUAUCCUCGGAUAUCACCCUCAAGGAGCUCAAACUGAUGACCAUGCAGAUCUGCGGGGCAGGCCCAUACGAUCAGCACCUGAUGCUCGGAGAACAUGAGCUCACCGAUCACAGUCAAAGUCUAGCGGCGCUCGGCAUAUUUCCCGGAGCACUUCUCACCUUAAAGAUCGACACACCAGUAGAAAACGAAGCGGACGUAGAGGCGGAUGGAAACAACCCCGAGUCAACUUCCCCGGAAAAGGGUUUCAAGGGAACGGAAUUAGUGCCGAGCUGAUCUGCAUCAUCGAGGAUCAGGGGAUAGAGCCAAUCGUUUCGUGGCGGGACGUUCGGUGACGAUAGUCGAUUUAAUAUAAAAUAUUUUUGUACGCGAGUUAUGAUAUUCUAUAUAUAGAGAUAUAAAUAAUCUGUACAUAUAUGUACGUAUAUAUAUAUAUAUAUAUAUA